CCUCCUGUGUCCAUAAACAUCGUGACCUCACUCUCUCCUCACCAAAAUGGCCGCCACUCCGGCCGUUACACCCAUAGAUAUGUUUACACCCCUCAAGGGCUACUCGUGGUUGCUAAGCAACGUCACAACGCCGUGUGUGGAGGAGCAGUAUGGCAGAGGACUUGAAACGACACCAGACGAGAGUCCAGCUGCUGCAGGGUUCAUGCUGAGAUGGGGUCUGAGUCGGUGAAGGUGGUGGUCCGGUGCAGGCCCCUGAAUGACAGGGAGAAGGCUCUCAGCUCCAAGAUGGUGCUGUCCAUGGACCUGCAGCGCUGCCAGUGCUUCAUAGAAAAGCCUGGAGCAGUGGAUGAGCCGCCCAAGCAGUUUACCUUUGAUGGAACCUACUACAUUGAUCAAGCAACUGAGCAGAUGUACAAUGAGAUAGCCUAUCCUCUGGUGGAGGGUGUCACUGAGGGAUACAAUGGCACUAUUUUUGCAUAUGGACAAACUGGAAGCGGCAAGUCUUUCACCAUGCAGGGGGUGACUGAGCCUGCAGCCCAGAAGGGCGUCAUCCCACGGGCCUUUGAGCACAUUUUUGAGAGCAUUCAGUGUGCAGAAAAUACAAAAUUCCUGGUGAGGGCCUCUUACUUGGAGAUUUACAAUGAAGAAAUCAGAGACCUUUUGGGAAGCAACACCAAACAGAGACUGGAGCUGAAAGAGCACCCAGAGCGUGGGGUGUAUGUGCGGGACCUCUCCAUGCACACUGUGCACAGUGUGGGGGAGUGUGAGAGAAUCAUAGAGCAGGGCUGGAGGAACCGGGCAGUGGGCUACACACUGAUGAACAAAGACUCCUCCCGCUCCCACUCCAUCUUCACCAUCCACCUGGAGAUCUGCAACACUGAUGCAGCAGGCCAGGACCACCUAAGAGCAGGAAAACUCAACCUAGUGGACUUGGCAGGAAGUGAGCGUCAGUCUAAAACCGGUGCUACUGGCGAGCGACUCCGUGAGGCCACAAAGAUCAACCUCUCCCUCUCGGCCCUCGGCAAUGUCAUCUCUGCCCUGGUGGAUGGACGCUCCAAGUACAUCCCCUACCGGGACUCCAAGCUGACCCGACUGCUGCAGGACUCUUUGGGAGGAAACACACGCACCUUGAUGAUCGCCUGCCUCUCACCUGCAGACAACAACUACGAGGAAAGCCUGAGCACGCUGCGCUAUGCGAACCGGGCCAAGAGCAUCCAGAACAGGCCUCGGAUCAAUGAAGACCCUAAGGAUGCUCUGCUCCGAGAGUAUCAGGAGGAGAUCAAAAAGCUGCGGGCCCUCAUCUCAGGCCAGCUGGGCACUGCUGACCUGUCAUCUCUUCUGGCUGGUCACAUUUCUGAGGCGUCCCCUGUUUUUCCUUCAAGGCCACUAUCCAGCACCACUGAGGCGAAGAAGGAAAAGAUUAAAGAGGAGUAUGAAGAGAAGCUUGCCAAGUUGCAGGCUGAAUACAAUGCAGAGCAGGAAUCCAAAGCAAAGCUCCAGGAGGACAUUGCUGCUCUGCGUUGCUCCUAUGAAUCAAAGCUGUCUAAUCUGGAAAAGGCUCGAGCCAGCAGGGGGAGCUCUGUCCCUAAAAAUGGUGACACAAAACCACCUGGUCAAAACAAAGAACCAUUGAGCUCCAGCUGUACGACCCAGGCUGCAGAGGAAGAGCUCUGCCUGAACUCAGAUCCCAUUUUCCACAGUACAACUGGAGAAACUUCCUCUGUCAAGCCUGUUGUGCCCUGUACGCCAGCUGGUGUCCAAAAAGGUUCAGAUAGAGGUGGAGCCAUAGAGGCAACUGAUGACAGCACAGCUGGAUCUCUGGACCAGAAACACGCCCUGGAAAGACUGCAGCGGCUGGAGCAGGAGGUAGUUGGAGGUGAGCAGGCCAGGAACAAAGAGUUACAACAGAGGCAUCGGCAGAGGAAGAACCUGGCUGACCUGAGAAAAGUCCAGCUCAUCCAUGCUUUGACAGAGAACAGUGAGGAGAGUGAAAAUGUGCUGCUGAACGUCUACAAUUCCAUCCAAGAAGAGGUCCAUGCCAAAAACCAGAUGCUGGUCAAAGUUCAAAGCAAGCUGAAAGCAGCCAAACUGGAGAUCCGUGACCUGCAGGCAGAGUUUGAGGUGGAGAGGAAUGACUACCUGGCAACCAUCCGUCGUCUGGAGAAGGAAGGCCAGCUACUGCACAGCCUGCUGGAGCGCAUGGUGCCCCUGGUGCGCCGUGACUGCAACUACAGCAACCUGGACCGCUUGAAGAAAGAAGCCGUUUGGGACGAGGACAGCGCCACCUGGAGGCUGCCAGAUGUGAUGGUGCAGAAAACAACACUGCCUUCAGCAGUGGCUCCGAAACCGUCUGUCUGUAGAAGCGCCGGUCCUGAUGUUGGAGAACCACAUACGCAGGUAGAAGAGGACAGGUACAAGGAGAUGCUGGACCGCAGUGACAGUGAGAACAUCGCCAGUAGCUACUUCAAGCCAAAGAGAGCGAGCCAGCUGCUGGGAGGUGAUGUUUCCAAGGGACACGCCAUCCACUCUCCUCCCCUGGUUACCAUGGCAGCCCACCUUUCUGUUAGUGGGUCCAACGUGAAUCCACCCAUCAGCUCAGAAUCCGUCCUACCUCGGCCUUUCCGCCUGGAGUCGCUUGGUGUCCCAGUGUCCAAUGGUAAGGUGAAGCGCAAAAAAAGCAAAUCUCACAUCCAUACUGAGGGAAUCUGAAAGGACUGUGAGUUCCCAUCCUCUUUAACACAGCUUAAUCUUGUUUUUCACUUAAAUGAUUUUAUACACUGUGAUUUACCACACAGUAUAUAGUGAAGAAUCAAAUAUAGAAUAUUUGGUAACUACUGCUAACUACAAAUGUACAUAGGAGCUUUUUUGUGUACAGCAUGAUUGUUAACUUUAAACCAAAUGCUACCUGUAUUAUGAUUCUAUUCUGUGUUUUUUUGCACUGUACUUCAUGAGUUUGAUUCUAUCAUUUUUAGCUUCUCGUAUUGUACUAUUAUAACUGUUCUUGACCAAAUAUUUAAAAUUCUACACUUGCCGCUGAAAGGAUAAAAUAAAUGAAUUUGUCUACA